UCACACGUCUUUUGCAUAUCAGAAUUGAAAUAAAGUUUAUAAGUUAUACUGCAGCGUAGUCAACUAGAACUUUGUGUAUUUACGCCUAAAACUGUACUUUGAAAGUGGACAUUUUUUGAAAAAAAAAAGAGUUUAAAUUGUGUAUCGAGGUUACUGAAUGCGGGUAUUCGAAAAAGUAAGAUCUACAAUGGACACAAUGCAGAGGAGAAAUAGUUUGAAUAUAGCCUUCGGCAAGUGGUGGACAAAUCCGGGCUCCAGCAGUAGCGGCAAAAGUUCGUCCUUUAGCAGUACCGUGGCAAUUCAGAAACUACGUGAAUCCAAAUGGUUUGAUUCGGGCGAAGAGCGCAUCUUUUGUGCAGUAAUCGAAGCCGGAUUUAUUGUUGAACUGCGCCAUCCUGAAACCAGUGAGAGCUGGUUUGGUGUAACGGCCAUCGAGACGAAGAAAUCAAUGAAACCUGUCGCGGAAAACAUUAAAAUCUAUUCUGUCAAACUUUCCGAUAGUCACAAGAGGCUGAAAAUCUACAACACCUCGCUAGAUAAACUCUGGCAGCAAGGAUAUCGAAUUCGGAUUAACAAUCUGUGCGAUAAGACCAAAAAACCUCACAACGAAAAAGAUAUUCUGGCACAGGUCAAGCAUGCAAACAAAACUAAAAUGACAUUUCAUAACAGUCAGCAUUUUGCCGAAUUCUGCCGAUACGGUGAUCGUCCGCAGGACAACCGGAAGCGACAAAUAUCCGAAUGUGCUAAAUGGGGCGGCACAAACAUGGGCGCCACAAUAAUUUAUUUUGCAAUGCAAUCACGUAACGCGCAUUCAAAUUCAAGAUGAAGAAACAGCGAAUUUGCAUCGCAACACCGACGACCAACCGGUGCUGACAAAUUAAUAUCGCCUGUUUUUUUUAAUCACUGUAAUUGGAACUACCUAACGUUUUAGUUCUGGCAGGAAAUAAGACUUACCCGAAGAUGUGACUGUAUAGACUUUUAGGAUUAUAUUUAAAGGUAUACAUGCUUAAGUUAACCAUAAGAACUCGCUUGGUUUUGUCGCGUGCUUCGGCAUAGAGUUAAUAAACCUAAUUAUACAGAUUUGUUUUUAUUUAAAAUAGGCAACUAUUUACCUACAAAAUAUAUAACUAAAAGUGUCAGAGAGAGGCAAGCCACUCUAAAAUAAUUAAAUAUUACAUAUUAGUCAUUGGCGUGUCCAGAUCUUGACACAGGCUGGAGAACCAACCUUUCAAAACAUGAUUUGGCUUAGAAAACAUCCAGCAACCAUAUGAUUAGGCAAUUUUGUCGAUUGAUUUAUGGUAGAAAUACCGGAUGAUUAGGUUAAAUGCCUUGGACAUCCAGAUUACAUAGUGAUUCAUUUAUUUAAAUUCAAUUUUGCAGAGGAGGCAAGGUAGCCUCAGUGUGGCCUAGUCUAGGCACGCCAGUGCUCAUCCUGUAUAGUUACAUUGAUCGAUAUAAAUUAUGUUGUUUUAUACUUUAAUAUUAUAAUUUCUAAGUUUUUGCAACAUUACGAUUUACAAUUAAAAGCCCAAAAUAUAUCAACAAAUAUUUUAUCGAUAACGAUUUAAAUGUUACCUUCAGGGGAAAAUAGUCGUCAUCGAUUCUGCCAAUUUCAAAAGCAGUUUUUUGUUUGAAAAAAAAAAAUUCUGUUCAUGAAAAUAUAUUUGCAGUGUUCAGAUUGGCAAGAAGAAUGCAGUAUUUACAUUUUUAUAAACAAAAUCCCGCUUUUGGGCCCAAAAACUGCUUCCGAAAUUGGGCUCUCCGACGAAAAGUUAAUGACUACUAAUUUCCCGUUAAUCAUACUUGAUGUGUUUGUAACUGUUUCUGCUCGGCUAGCUAAAAGCAAUUUUGUUUAUUAGUCAAUACUGUUGCGAUUCAACAUAUUCUACAGUGAAACGAGGUUUAUUCAGUCAAUUAUGAAGUGCGAUUCUUACUCACUUUUCUUAGUAAACAGCAUUUAAUCUGUUUAGAAAAAAGAUGGUGAUGCACUGUACUUAGUAUGUAAAUUUUUUAAAACCAAAGCAAUAAUAAGAAGGUAACUUUGAAACAUAAUAAUACUUUUCAUUUCAAAUUUUGUUUGGAAUUCAACGGCAUCGUCAAACUUUUUCGACCUGGUGAUAAUGCAAAUCUUUGUAAA